CGGUAUUCUCUGGGGCUGACAACAUGGACUGCUUCAUGCAGCAGGUGUGCGACGCCCUUCGUGAUGGCUCCCUGGGCAUUGAUCUGAACAUCGAUCUUGGGCAGGCAGAUGGUGUUGAUCCCACCGGUUCAUUUUCAGAUAUACCUACAUCCGGUGCUGCAGGUGUUGCGACAGAAGGGCCAGACGGGGAUGGGGCCUCCCCUAUUGCAGAUUUCGAAGAGCAGGGAUAUGUUCCUGCACCGGUCUUCCCGAGACCUGACUCUGGACUGUUAGCCGAUAUGUUAGCUGAACAAGCUCCCACCGGGACUGUGAGACCACUCUUUGAGAGUGAUUCAUCCACAGGCGCUGUACCUGAUUCUGCUAUAGCUUCGGGUGUUUUCCCGCCUUCGCCUAAUACGACUGACUUGCCCACGAGGGUUGAUAUACCUUCCAUGAGCAUUCCUGUCGUUACUUCGGAGCCUGUCGAACCCCAACCCGAGGGGAUUUCCGCCGGUAUAGGUUCUCGACCGUCUCUAUAUGAGCAGGUCCAUGCUCUCUUGGCCGAUACCAAUCCAGAUGGGGAUGUCUUCCGCACUGACCUCGGCUUCUUUACUGCCUUUUAUAACGGCGUGAUUGAUAAGCUUCUGCACAGAGGGUCUUCUUUUGAUCAGUUCAGGCGUUCCUUCUCCCGUCACAUGAUGAUGAUGAGGGAAGAGGGAUAUCCGGAUUUGGCCGAUUCCUUUACAGCUGAUUUCGCUGCCCUGGAGUCAGAGAUUCGAGAGCUGAGGGAGUUGAAGGCUGGUGGAGCUCCCUCUUUUGCAUCUUCUCAGGUGGAGGAUAGGUUGACGCAGUGGCAUGAACUGCGAUCUUCCGUUGGCAGCGAGCUUCGAUCACGUGAGCGCACUGUCGAGCAGCUGAUGGCCUCUCUGGCGAGGAAAGACACCAGCAGAGCUGAGUUAGUGAGCUCCUUAGAUUCCACUCGUGCAGAGAUAGCUAGACUGAAGGAGGCCUUGGAACGCGCCGAAGAAUCUGCCGCUACCAUUUCUGAGGAACUGGUUGGGUUGGAGCGUUCUCGUGAAUGGACACUCGACAGGCUGGGAUCAGCGCAGGAGGGGUUGAUGAAGCUGCGACACGAAGCCGCAGAGGUUCUCAACAGUUCCGAAGAUUCUGUCCGAGCUAGCCUGCAGGCGGAGUUCGAGCAGGACUAUAUGGACAGGCUCUCUGGUUUAGAGUCUCAUAUUCUUAGCCGUCGGUUGCCUUCGGACUAA